CGAAUCUGCGGGGCUGGACCUUUCGCUAGUUCAGUUUAGGCGGUUGUCAGGGAGAAUCAAGAUGGCGGCGGCGGCGGCGGCGGCGACGGAGGAAGACACGGAGCUGAGGGACCUCCUGGUGCAGACGCUGGAGAGCAGCGGGGUGCUAAACAAAAUCAAGGCAGAGUUGCGGGCAGCUGUGUUUUUGGCUCUUGAAGAGCAAGAAAAAGUAGAGAAUAAGACACCUCUGGUAAAUGAAAGUUUGCGAAAGUUUUUAAAUACAAAGGAUGGUCGAUUGGUGGCUAGUCUUGUUGCUGAAUUUCUUCAGUUCUUUAAUCUUGAUUUUACUUUGGCUGUCUUUCAACCUGAAUCAAGUACAUUAAAUGGACUUGAAGCUCGAGAGAACUUAGCUCGAGACUUGGGAAUUGUAGAAGCUAAAACUUCAGUAGAUGGACCAUUAUUGCUGGAAGUGGUCCGAAGAUGCCAGCAAAAGAGAGGAGUUUGUAACAGUGGAGAUGCCACCCCAAUAAUAGAUGAAAGUGCACAUUCUCCUCCAAAAUCAUCAGAUGGAAGGUCUCAUAUACACACAUUGCCAAGUAAGAUACCAAGGUAUAAAGGACAUCGUAAACAGAAAAGGUGCUUGGACACGGCAGAGCAGGUUACAGAAACCAGUCAUAGUGAUACAAGCAACUUGUCUGGUGACACAAAGAGUAAAGCCAGUAUUCACUUCUUACCAAACGAACUGAAGCCAAUUUCUCAACCAAACAAAGACACUGAUACCAAAGAAAAGAAUAGUUUAGUUGGAGAGGAAGAUGAUGCAGAUGGAGAUUCAUUCUUUGAUGAUCCUAUACCAAAACCAGAACACUCUUACGGCUGGAAAAAUGAUUCUAGCAAAGAGGGAAAUGUUGCAUCUCUUUCAGAUGCACCACCUGUAAAGACUGGCUUGAGUUCUUUGACUGGAGCACCACCACUAAAAGAGUCUGAUAAUGCAGACUCCAUUAUGAAAGAUGUAAAGAUAGUGAAUUCUAAACUUGGAACACUUGAAAUAGGAGAUGAAGAUGAAUAUGCUGAUGACUUCAACAGUACCAGUCAUCGAUCAGAAAAAAGUGAAGCCAGCAUUAGUGAAGAAAUAGAUGAUAUAUCCGUGGAGUUAGAAGACUUCAAUACUAGUGAUAAACUUGAAGACCUCACACAAGAUUUCACCAUUUCUCAGUUGAGUGGUGAUGCAGAUUACAUAGAAGAUGUUGCAUGAGUAAAGAGCAGAAAACCUAAUAUGUUGCAUUGAGGACCUUUGUAGGAUCUGUUUUAAGACAAUCACUCUGCUGAUGUAUCCCUUCCCCAGUUGUGCCUUGUGUUUCAAAGGUGGGGAGAAUCUAACCACCAACACUUUUGGGGAAGAGUUUUAACAACUUGGAAGAACUGAAAAAAGUUGGCAUAUAGUUACUGUCUAGUUCAACUUAAAUCUUUUAUGCAAGAUACUGGAUAGUUUCCUAGACCAUGUCCGUUGCAGGCAACAGACAUACCAAGUUAAUUGAUCUACAGGAAUUCAGAAGAAAUCAUCAAACCAGAUGAAGAAUGGUAGGCAUAGUUUAAUGCUAUAGCAACCAUUCAGCCUCUUGCUGAAGAAACCAAGAAAAUUCAAUGUUUGAUCUUGAUCUUCUGUUGACCCAAUUAUAAUUUUCAGUAUUCAAUACAGUUUGUUUCUUAGAUAUUGAAGUUUUUUCAAGGGGGGGGGAGAGCUGAUAUUACCCAUGAUCUUCAUAACUAACUAUUGGGAUGCCUAACACGAGAAAUAUGAAAAAAAAAGGUGUCUAAAGUAUGAAUCCCCGAGAUUUCUAGUAUGUUGGUCCCUCAUUGCAACUUAAGUGCUUAGUUCUGUGUGGUCAAGAUCACUAGGUACUUCUGAAAAUUGCAGCUGACAUAUGAGCCUUAACUCUAAACUUAUUUUUAUAUAUUUAAACAUUUGUGACCCUAAGCUAGCCUUUUGUUUGUUAACUUAAUGAAAGCUAUAAAUGGUUAUUAGCAUGAGGGUUUUUUUUUGAAACAGCUUAAUACAGAAUAAAUAAUUAUUACAAGAGGCA